AUGAAGGAGGUCACACGAAAGAUGAUGACCGAUGUGGCGGUCUUCGCCAUGAGUCAGGUCGCCUUCUACUACGCAUUCAAAUACGUCAUGUCAUCCUUGGAUCCAAAUCGACAGAAACGACAGGACUCGAAGAAGAUUUCCGACGCCAAGCUGGGUAAGCUAGGCCUGCGUGGAAAGGAUCUCGAGCUCAACGAAUACGAAGAGCAGAUCUCUGCAGAACUCAUUCUGCCCGAAGACAUUCCAGUUGAUUUCAACUCGGUCGGUGGUCUGGACGGCAUCAUCUCAUCACUGCAGGAAAGCGUCAUCGCACCGCUCUGCUACCCAGAGCUCUUUGACAACGCGAGCGGAUUGCUAGGCGCUCCCAAGGGUGUCUUGCUGUACGGGCCUCCAGGAACGGGUAAGACCAUGCUGGCGAAAGCAUUGGCAAAAGAGAGCGAUGCUACCUUCAUCAACAUGCACGUCUCAACUUUGACCAACAAGUGGUUUGGCGAGUCUAAUAAGCUCGUAGCUGCGCUAUUCAGCUUGGCACGCAAGCUGCAACCCUCGAUCAUUUUCAUCGACGAGAUCGACAGCUUCCUUCGUGAGCGCGCUACUGGUGACCACGAAGUGACUGGUAUGAUGAAGGCCGAGUUUAUGACAUUGUGGGAUGGAUUGACUUCCUCGACCGACCGUAUUAUGGUGCUUGGCGCUACCAACCGGCCCAACGACAUCGACUCGGCCAUCUUGCGUCGAUUGCCAAAGCGAUACGCUGUUUCGCUUCCCAACGCAUCGCAACGUGAAAAGAUCCUUUCCCUCAUGCUUUCAGCAACACCGCUCGAUCCCAACUUCUCGAUUUCCGACCUCGUCAAGCGCACCGAAGGCUACAGCGGUAGCGACCUGAAGGAGUUGUGUAGGAACGCAGCCAUGAGGCCCGUCCGCGAGUUCCUUCGCCAAGGGAAACAGUCGGUGGCAGAGAGACGACGUCUCGCGGCUGUUGGAGUAGGAGCAGGGAGUGCCAAGACCAGCACCGAUGCUACUCCUAAUGGCACAUUGACAUCUUCGGAAGGUGACGUUGUGACUGCAGCGACACCCGCGGCCAAGAUCGAGUCGAGACCUCUCCGGAACCAAGACUUCUUCGUCAUUGACUCGGCCGCAACGCCUGUCAAUGGAUCGAGGGCGGCGCCGAUGGCCGUCGAUGAAGAUCCGUUGGAUUGA